AUGACUGUGUGUAAAUUCUACUCUCAGGGCAACUGCCGAUUUGGCGACAACUGCAAGUUCGAACAUCCUGGUAGCCAGCGAGAUGGCAACCGGAGCUCUGGUGGAGGCUUCAGUGCGCGCUCGAACAACAACAGCAACAAUAACAACAACCGCUUUGGCGCCUUCGGUGGCGGCGACAACUACCGCCCGAAUCAGAACUCGGGUGGAGCAUUUGGUUCCGCUCGUGACAUCAAGACGCUUCCAUACCAUCUAGAUAUCGCCGACAUCAGAGCAGAUCUGUCCGGACAGCGGCCCAUCUACCCCCUCUCCUGCUAUGGCCCCGGACGUGAUGCUCCUCGCCAACUGAUCGAGGGCCUGGUAGAAAUCAGUCCGGAAGAGCUUCGCGUACGAUAUUAUACGCAACGGGCUACCGGCAACGAAAAUGUCGCUCAACAAGAAGAGAGCGAACUGCACGCAAAGAUGCAACAGCAGGUCAAAGCAAUAGCAGAUGACAUUGAGGGCGCUGUUCGAUAUAUAGAAGAAGGCGCCAACGUACAUCCAAACAGGCUGGACAUGGUACGUGGCAAUACCACGCCCGCCGGACAACCAGGCUCUAGCUCAAGUCCAUUUGCACAAGCUUCUGGCAAUGCAUUCUCCUCAGCACCAUCGACACAAGCAUCAGCCUUUGGACAGGCGUCAACACCAGGAUUUGGACGACCGGCCUUUGGUCAAGCCUCGAAUCCUGCCCAGACCACGUCCCAGACCAGCUCAGCGUUUGCUGCACCUUCAGCAUUGGGCCAGAAGCCAUCUCCCUUUGGCCAACCCACGGCGAUAGGAGGAGGUGGCGCUUUCGGCAAGCCCGCCUUUGGUGGCUCAGGCUUCGGCCAGGCGUCUAUACCAGGCUCAGGGAGUGCUUUUGGGCAACCCAGUGGCCUGGGCCAGCAGCCGGCUUUUGGACAGACUUCAGCGCCUAGCAGCACACCAGCCUUUGGACAAGCUUCAGCGCCCAGCGGUACGCCUGCCUUUGGACAAGCCUCGAACCCAGCACAAGGAUCGGCGUUUGGGCAGGCGAACGCCCUGGGGCAGACGCGGCAGUCAAGUGGAUUCGGUAAGCCUGCAUUUGGACAGAGCCCCUUCGGACAAACAGCGCAAGCCGGUUCAGGCACCUCGCCGUUCGGCCAGCAGCCACAGACCAGUAACCCCCCUUUUGGUCAGCAGCCUGCACAAGGCCCUCAGUCAUCACCGUUCAGUCAAGCCGCACAGUCUGGGCAGCAGCCAAACCCCUUUGGCCAAGCGCAACCCCAGCAGCCUGCAAACCAGCCCAAUCCCUUUGGAGGUGUUGCAGCAGCACCAUCAGCUCCAGCAUUUGGUCAGCCAAGCGCCCCUGCUUUCGGUGCCCCCAGCCUCGGGGGGCAGCAAGCUCAGGCUUCCAACACCCAGGCUCAAAAUCCAUUCGGCCAAGCAGCCGGCCAAGCAGCCGCACAAUCAGCUGCAGCGCCAGCAACCGCUCCCUCACCCUUCAGCACCCAGAACCAAGCGGCUCCAGCAGCCGUGCAGACACCAGCACAGCCCGCCGCAGCAGGGGGCCCGAUUGACCCUAAGGAACGGUACAAGGAAGGGAGCCCAGAAGCGUACGAGGGCGAGGCGGGUAAGCUGCUGGAAGAGAUAUAUAGACGGGUGGGACAGAUGGGCCGCUUCAACGAUGACGAGGACAUACCGCUCACGCCACCAAAAUGCGAAUGGAUUGUGCCUGUCGCCAUCUGA